AUGCACCCUUUUCCAAGCGGACCCCCUCCCAUGACAGACAACGACCCACCCACGGUACGGCUUGAAGGUCAGACUGCUUGCCAUAAGAGGGGGAAGGAGGGAAAAGGGAAGCGAGAUGGGAAGGGGGAUGGGAAGGGGGAUGGUAAGGGGGAUGGGAAGGGGGAUGGGAAGGUGGAUGGGAAGGUGGAUGGGAAGGUGGACGGGAAGGUGGAUGGGAAGGUGGAUGGGAAAGGGGAUUACACUAGAACCUCCCCAGGGUCCACCUUUCACAUCCACCUGCGCUUGGGCAGCCAGCCGCUGAAGGCAACAGAGGCGUGGAGCGGCACAGACAAGGCUCCCACAUCUCCCAAGCCCUCCACCCUUCCCAAGCCCUCCACCCUUCCCAAGCCCUCCACCCUUCCCAAGCCCUCCACCCUUCCCAAGCCCUCCACCCACCCUUCCCAAGCCCUCCACCCACCCUUCCCAAGCCCUCCACCCACCCUUCCCAAGCCCUCCACCCACCCUUCCCAAGCCCUACACCCACCCUUCCCAAGCCCUCCACCCACCCUUCCCAAGCCCUCCACCCUGCCCAAGCCCUCCACCCUGCCCAAGCCCUCCACCCUGCCCAAGCCCUCCACCCUGCCCAAGCCCUCCACCCUGCCCAAGCCCUCCACCCUGCCCAAGCCCUCCACCCUUCCAAAGCCCGUUCUUGCCCCAGAUACUCCCACCUUGGACAUACCCCACCCCACCUUUCGCAUACCCCACCCACCUGCACUUGGGCAGCCAGCCACUGAAGGCAACAGAGGCGUGGAGCGGCACAGCCGAGGCAUCGGAACCAUCCUCAAACUUUCCCAGAACCUUCCGGGACAUGAGGUACAGUGA